AUGGAGGCUUUAAUCAAAUCUCGAGGUGUAGUAAAGGGUAAAAUCACGUCCUUCAAAACAUAUCUCGCGAAAACGCUUGCAACAGUUUCGGAUCCGUCUACGGCAGUAGACGAUAUAACAGCGUUAGACAUUCGCGAGCGCGUUUAUCGGGCGAGGGAAGCAUACGAAAAAUUUGAGCAGAUUCAAUCGAGCAUUGAGGAGUUAACGGAUAAGGAGCAAGAAGCGGCAGAUUAUCGCGCGAAUUUUGAAGAAGAAUACUUUAGCGUAAUUGUGCAAGCGGAGGCUUUACGUUUGCGUAAUACAACAAACAUGCACACCGAUGCGUCGCGUCCGAGUGCUGAAAUUAGUGGGGCUUCUUCUACGCACAUGCCUGUAAUGAGGGCAACAAAUAGUCAAGGCGCGAUUAAUGCUGUUCCGGGUAUUGCAACACAAUCAAUCAUAUAUAAGCCUCCGGGCAUUAGGUUACCAACAAUCGAGUUACCGAAGUUCAGUGGUGAAGCAUCUGAAUGGCUUGCUUUUCGCGAUACGUUUGAGUCGUUGAUACAUAAAAAUGAGACAAUCGAUCCGAUACAGAAGUUUCAUUACUUAAAGGCGGCACUACAAGAAGGUGCAGCACAAAUUAUUAAGUCUCUUGAAUUUACCGCGGUUAACUACACCGUGGCAUGGGAAACUAUCUGUAACCGAUUUAAUAACAAACGAUUGCUUACGCAUAAUCACAUUAAAGCCAUAUUCAAUAUUAGUUCGAUAAAGGAAGAAUCGGCAGCUCAGAUUCGCGAAACGGUCGAUAUGCUCAGCAAGCAUUUGCGUGCUUUAAAUGCGUUAGAUCAAGCAACAGAACACUGGGAUGCUUUAUUAAUCUAUUUAAUAUCAACAAAAUUAGAUAGUAUAACGGCUCGGGCUUGGGAAAAGGAGCGUGCUGGAAAUGAAAUUCCCACGCUGAAUGACUUCAAAACAUUUCUGAAUUCGCGUGCGGAUUUAUUGGAGACGCUCGAGUUGAACAACAAGUCGGUUAGCAAGGUAGAAUCUAAAGCGAAGCAAGCGGACCGGGCAAAGGUCAAGGCACUUCUCGUGCAAAAUCAAAGGUGUAGUAUGUGUAAGGGAGCGCACAAGUUAUCAGAUUGCAAACGGUUUCUCGAUCUCACUCCUCAGGAGAGAGCAAAUCAUUUGAGAAUCGCGAAAUUAUGCCUUAACUGCAUGAGACCUGGACAUUUUAUCAAGGAUUGUAAGGCAAGUUCAUGUAAGCAAUGUUCAGGAAAACAUAACACUUUGGUACAUUUCGAAAAGGCAUCUUCAGCGCAGGUAUCGCCCGUUGAAGAAGCUAAAACUGCUUCAGUUUUGUGUUCACAUAAUCAGUGCAAUGCACAUAGUGUUCUGUUAGCUACAGCAUCAGUUGUGGUAACGGAUAAUCAGGGUAGAGGACACAAGGCUCGCGCAAUUCUAGAUCCUGGUUCUCAAUCUAGUUUCAUAACCGCUAGGCUCUGUAAAGAGCUAGGGUUGCAGACAUCAAAGAUUCACAUGACCAUUGAAGCCAUCAACGGGAAAUCAUCCCAAAUAGAACAUAGAUGUAGUGUCAGAUUGGCAGCACAGUACAAUAACUUUCAGUUUGACAUUCAAUGUCUGGUAAUCCCAGAAAUCACAGGGCAAUUGCCACCUCAGCAUAUCGAUAUACAAGGUUUACAAAUUCCUACUAAUAUUAGACUCGCUGAUCCUUCGUUUCACAUUCCAGGCAAUAUCGAUAUUCUCAUUGGAGCUGAUCAUUUUUGGAGCUUGCUUUGCAUAGGACAAUUGAAAACGGGCGACGGUCGGCUUACCAUGCAAAAAACCAAACUGGGCUGGAUAGCAGUUGGUCCGUGGAGAGGUGCUGUCUCGAAGUCUAUCAAAUGCAAUCUUAGCAGAGCAGUCGAUAUUGAUAAGAGUCUUACAAAAUUUUGGGAAAUUGAGGAAAUCGAAGGCGAAAGGGCGUGGUCCGAGGAGGAGAAAGAUUGUGAAAAGCACUUCUUGGAAAAUACAUAUCGUAACACAGACGGUAGAUUCGUUGUAAGCAUUCCAUUCAAGGAGGAUGUUAGCAAACUUGGUGAAUCCAAAUCAAUCGCUUGUAAACGUUUUCUCAGUCUCGAGAGAAAAUUGACAAGAAACCCUGUACUCAAGGAUCAAUACGUUGCCUUUCUAGUAGAAUACGAAAGGUUAGGGCACAUGUGCAAGGUUUCUGAGGAGGCAACACACAAUACUUCGUAUUACCUACCACAUCAUUGCGUCGUUAAGAAUGAUAGUUCGACCACAAAGGUACGUGUAGUUUUCGAUGCGUCAGCCGCAACUGACAAUGGUAUAUCUCUCAACGACUUACAAAUGGUAGGUCCCACAAUUCAAAAUGACUUAUUGGCAUUGCUAAUCAGGUUUAGGGUUCAUCCUUACGUUAUAUUAGCAGAUGUACAAAAGAUGUACAGGCAGGUGUUGGUCAAUCCAGAUCAGCGUUCUCUACAGAGAAUCAUAUGGCGUUUUAACGAUAAGGAUCCUAUACAAGUCUUCGAGCUAAACACGCUCAUAUAUGGUACGGCAUCAGCGCCAUUCUUAGCAACAAGGUGUUUAAAGGAGCUAGCCAAUUUGAUCGAAAAUCGCUUGCCAGAAAUAGCCGGAAUUAUUCGAAAGGAUUUUUAUGUUGAUGAUCUGUUGACAGGGGCACAAACAAUCGAACAAGCCAUUGAAAUACGACAGAGCAUCUCGCAGGUCUUAGAAUCAGCAGGCUUCCCAUUGCGAAAAUGGGCAUCAAAUGAGCAUGCUAUAAUCCACGAUGUUCCGAAGAAGGAUCAGAAUCUAGAUAGCGUCAACUUUACUAAUGACGGCAUGACCAAAACAUUAGGUACAACAUGGCAAGCGCUUUCAGACAGUCUAACAUUUACGAUCAAAGAGUUAGGUCAACCUAAGGUCACAAAAAGGCAGUUCUUAGCGGAGACAGCACAGAUAUUUAACCCAUUAGGUCUCAUUAGUCCAUGUAUCAUUACAGCGAAAAUGCUUCUGCAAGAAUUAUGGUUGCAUAAGUUGUCAUGGGACGAAUCACUUCCACUUGAUUUGCAUAAUAAAUGGUUAUCUUUCCGCCAACAGGUUCGGAAAUUAGAUCAAAUCAGAGUACCUCGGAACGUCGUAAGCAAAAAUCACAUAGAGCUGCAACUGCAUGGCUUCGCGGAUGCGUCACAAAAGGCAUAUGGCGCAUGCAUCUAUUUACGGUCUCAAGAUUCCGAGGGAAAUAUUCAUACAGCAUUGUUGUGCGCAAAGAGUAGGGUGGCUCCCCUUAAACAGCAAACGACUCCACGUUUAGAGCUUUGUGCAGCUCUCACCCUCGCGCGUUUGGUCGCCAAGGUCUUUGAAUCUCUGGAAGUGGUCUUCGAUAAAAUUGUUUGUUGGAGCGACUCAUCGAUAGUCCUCAGCUGGUUAAGGAUGCAACCAAAUGCAUUACAAGUAUUUGUGGCAAACCGCAUAGCACAAAUACAACAGCUAACAGGUUCGUGUGAAUGGCGACACGUUCCUACUAUAGAGAAUCCAGCGGACUGCCUUUCACGUGGUCUAUCAGUAGAUAAACUAAUGCACUCAGAACUUUGGUGGCAUGGUCCGUCCUUUCUAGUCAGAGAUGAGAUCGAAUGGCCUACAUUGGUCACAACAGAAGUUAACGUACCUGACGUAAAGGGAACGUGCUGCGCAGUUACAGAACGCACAGCAGAAUCGUCCAUAUUCGGAAAUACUUCAAGUGCAAAACGUAUCAUUCGUGUGAUAGCCUAUUGUAAACGUUUUUUGUAUAAUUGUAAGCACAAAAUGGAGCGGAAAGUGAACGCGCUUUCAGCAGUGGAAAUAAGAGAGGCUUUAAAGGCAUUAGUUAAGAUAGCUCAGCAAGAAUGUUUUCCAAACCAGUUGCAAGGCAACAAUAAGACGGACAUGAUUGCGUUAGUUAAGAAGUUAAAUUCGCUUAGUCCCUUUAUUGAUAGUGAAGGGCUUUUACGCGUAGGAGGAAGACUAAAAAACUCAGAAUUUUCCAAUGAUAAAAGGCAUCCUAUGGUUCUGUUAGCAAAGCAUCGAUUCACUAGAUUAAUUCUUAUAGAAGAGCAUAUACGGCUGCUACACGCAGCACCACAAGCAUUGUUAUCAUCCAUACGCGAACAGUUUUGGAUAAUCGGUGGCAGGAAUCUCGCAAAAAGGGUUGUUCAUGAAUGCGUAAAAUGCUUCAGGAACAGACCACAGCAAGCACAAGCCACAAUGGGCGAAUUGCCUAAAUCUCGUGUAUCGGUAGCCCAACCCUUUCAUGCCACGGGGGUUGACUACGGGGGUCCUUUCUUGAUAAAGGACAGGAAGGGCAGAGGCUGUAAAACGAACAAGUGUUACAUUUGCCUAUUCAUAUGUUUCGCUACAAGGGCGAUACAUUUAGAGCUGGUCUCCGAUUUGACUACGGAAUGCUUUAUUUCGGCACUCAGACGUUUUGUAUCUAGGCGAGGCAAACCGGCUCACGUAUACUCAGAUAAUGGCACCAAUUUUGUCGGUGCCAAUCGGGAAUUAAAUGAACUAGCUCGAUUCUUAUUAAAGGAGCAAACAAGCUUAAGUGAAUGCAUCAAUGACAUAGGCAUUAGUUGGCACUUUAUCCCGGCUUACUCUCCGCAUUUCGGAGGUUUGUGGGAAGCUGGAAUAAAGUCCACUAAACAUCACUUAAAACGUGUUGCAGGCAAUUCGUUGCUGACAUUUGAAGAAUUCUAUACCUUGAUCACACAGAUAGAAGCAGUAUUAAAUUCGCGACCUUUAACUCCCAUGUCGACAGAUCCUAAUGAUCUUAUUCCUCUUACUCCCGCUCACUUUCUAAUUGGAAAGACUUUAAAUUCGGUGGCCGAUCCCGAUUUGACGCAUUUGCCAGAGUCCAGGUUGUCCAGAUGGCAGCUGAUCCAGAAUCUGCAGCAACACUUUUGGAAAAGAUGGAGCAAGGAGUAUUUGUCGGAGCUACAACAGCGCACAAAAUGGAAAAGGCCCUUCCCACAAUUGAAGGAAGGCACGAUGGUGUUAAUCAAGGAAGAGAAUCUGCCCCCAUUCAAAUGGCGUUUGGGGCGCGUAAUAUCUACUCAUCCAGGACGAGACCAGGUAGUUCGAGUAGCUACCGUGAAGACUUCUACGGGCACUGUACACAUCACUAUCGCGAAACUCUGUCCGCUACCUAUUGAAAGCUGUACCUAA